AUGGAAGAUCUUCUAUCAACACAGCAGCAGUUGGUUGGAGCUAUUGAGCAGCUCUACAGCAAUUUCAAGAAAGAUGGGCCGGAACGCAAGACCGGUGAUUACAUCAGGAGGAGACUUGAAACGCUAGAUAAGUAUUGGGAGGAAUUUCAAAACAACCACCUUAAAUUAUGUGGCUAUAGUGACAAGUCACAUGAUUAUUUUGUGACCGAGCAAUUCGACACAACUAGGGAGCGCUACGAGCAUGUCAGGUCCGUCAUCGUGAAUUAUCAACCACGUGACGCCAAACCGAGCACUCCGCUGCUGCGGCCGGCGACUGCACUGGCUGGCGCUGGGCCGCCGCAGCCGCCCACGCGCGCCUCGUCGACGGCAGCAAGGACGGACAGCGCGCACGAGUCUGAAGCACAUCAGGUAACUUUCAGGGCACAGGGCGUCAAUAGCAGGACAGAUGAGUUGCUAAGAAAGCAAGCGAGCAACUUCAGGGCGCUUCAGAGAAAGGUAGCUAGUAUUAACUUAGAUACGGAGUUAGAUAAAUGGGAGUUUGACGAUUUAUUAAAAACGUUACAAUCCCGGUGGUCGGCUAUAGAUACUUUACAUCUUGAAAUAGAUAGUGAACUAGAGGGGAAAAAUCAGGAAUACGAUGCGGCUUUCUAUCAUUAUGAAAGAUUGUACGAAGACAUGAAAAGGGCUAUUAAUAGGAAAAUGAGGUCUAUGUGUCAUAGGGAGAAAUCAACUCCGCAGAUGGAAUUGCCUAUUUUUAGCGGAAGCUUCCAGCAGUGGACAUCGUUCAAGGAUCUUUUCACUGAAACUAUCCACACAAACGCAUCUCUGUCAUACGCGCAAAAGAUGCAGUUUUUAAAGGGUAAGCUCCGAGGAGAAGCCGAGCGUUUAGUUCAACAUUUACAAAUAAGCUCAGAUAAUUACGUUACCUGCUGGGAGAUACUCAAUAAUAGAUAUAACAAUAAAAAGCUUAUUUUUACGUCACACAUCAAUACUUUAAUGAAUAUUUCAGUGUCGCAACAACCGUCGUUCGGACAUAUCAAGAAAAUCCACGAUACGUCACUGGAGUCGCUAAAUGCGAUAAAAAACCUGGGUGUAGACAUAAGUUCAUGGGACCCUUUAUUAGUACAUAUUUUAAGCCAAAAACUAGAUUCCGAUACUUACAACGAAUACAUAUCAUCGUUAAAACAACCAAAGGAAUUACCUAUUUUAAAAGAUUUUCUAAAUUACCUAGAAACGAAAUUUACGGCUCUUGAGACUUCACGGGAAAAGCAAGAAAACCCGACAGCGAAGUCUAGUUUCAAAAAUACAUAUUAUAAUAAUUCACCAACAGAAAAUCGCUUAAAUUACAAGAAACCCACAUACUUUACACAAUCAAAGGUUUCAAGUAACAGAGUUCAAAAACCUGCACAUACGGCAAAAUUACCGUGUCACUUUUGUUCAAAUCGCGAACAUGGCUUAUAUUAUUGCACAAAGUUUCUAGAGUUGCCUAAUCAUAUGAAACGAAAAUUUAUUAUAGACAAAAAUUUAUGUAAAAAUUGUCUUUAUGAUCACGAAGGCAAAAAUUGUUAUUCUGAAUCGCGUUGUCGAGAAUGCGAUGGUAAUCAUAAUACAAUUUUGCAUGACGUAUUUUGCAAUAAACUAUAUACGUCGAAAAAUACAGAGUCGAAGAUUUCGAAAUCGGACGUGGGUAAUACACAUGUUUCGGUAAAUUGCAAAGACCCUGAAAUCCUGUUGGCAACAGCCAUGGUACAGGUACAAGCUCGGGACGGUACAUACCAUAACAUUCGAGCCUUACUAGAUCAGGGGUCUGAGACUACUCUCAUAUCAGAGAGAAUAGCUCACAUUUUAGGUUUACCACGCAAACAUUGCAAGGGAACUAUAACUGGAAUAGGUGAAAAGGAGAGCAAUUGUAAGGGAAUUAUUAAAAUCAAGUGUAGGUCUAAUCAAGAAGACUUUUCCUUCGAAACAGAUGCGUAUAUCAUGAGAACUUUAAUAAAGAAUCUGCCUUCCUACAGCUUUCCUAAACCAGAGUGGCCCGCAUUAGAAAAUUUGCCUUUAGCGGAUCCUUACUUCAAUAUGAGAAGACCGGUAGACCUUUUACUUGGAGUAGAUGUUUUUAGUAACUUACUAUUAGACGGAAUUUAUAAGGCGGGGCCCACUCUACCGAUGGCUCAAAAAACGCGUUUAGGUUGGAUUUUGAGUGGCUGCGUAAAAAAGAGUUUUAAAUGUAACAUAAUUGUACAUAACUUCGACGAUAUCUGUCAAUUUUGGCAAGCAGAAAAUAUCUCAAAGACAUCUACUAUAUCACUUGCCGACCAGCAGGUCAUUGAUUUUUAUAAUAAAACUACUAUACGUCAGUCGGAUGGCAAGUAUCAAGUGCGCCUCCCCCUUAAAAAUGAAAUAGAGAAUAAAUUAGGUCAUAUGAUACACUCAAAUAAUUCCGAUUCAUCCGGUUUUUACCUACCGCACCAUUGUGUUAUUCGAGAUGAAUCAACCACAACUAAGUUACGGGUGGUUUUUAAUGCUUCCGCGCCUUCCACUUCCGGUUUGAGCUUAAAUGACUUGAUGGAAAGAGGUCCUAAUUUACAACAAGAUCUACAGAGUCUUCUUAUCAAGUGGAGACAGUUUAGAUAUGGGUUUACUGCGGAUAUUGAAAAAAUGUUUAGAAUGGUUUGGUUACAUCCAGAUGACCAAAAAUAUCAAAAGAUCAUUUGGAGAGAAUCGCCGUUAGAUAAAAUGAAUAUUUUUCAAUUAAAGACAGUGACAUACGGCACCAAGGCCGCGCCGUUUCUGGCGAUGAUGACACUUCGACGUUUAGCUCAAGAUGAGAGACAGAAUUAUCAAGAGAGUUCUGCGCCGAAAGUUAUUGAAUCAUCAUUUUACAUGGACGAUUUAGUCUACGGAUGUCAUUCUAUCGAAUCAGCAAAGCGUUUAAUAAACGACAUUGUUUCGAUUUUAAAGUCCGGAGGGUUUAAGUUACGAAAAUGGAAGGCCAAUAAUCAAGAUAUACUCCCAAAUAAAUAUAGUAAUAUAGAACAAAUCAGUUAUGACUUUAAAAACACCGAGUCAUCAAAAACGUUAGGCCUGAGUUGGGACCCACAGCAAGAUCAAUUUACAUUUACCUCAAAAUUAGACUUCAUGACGAAAAACCCUACAAAACGUAUUUUACUUUCAAAUAUAUCAAAAUUAUUUGACCCACUGGGCUGGCUAUCUCCAAUUUCAACUAAAAUAAAACUAUUAUUUCAACAAGUAUGGCAAUUACAAUUAAAAUGGGACGAACCUUUACCGGAAAAUAUAUUGAAAGAGUGGGAAAGUAUGAAAAUUGACUUAGAAAAUAUAAAUAAAUUUUAUAUACCUAGGUGGUUAGGAACAAUAAAGAAUAAUGUCAUCGAACUCCACGGAUUUUCAGAUGCGUCAACAAAAUGUUACGCUUGCGUUGUUUAUUGCAAGGUAAUGACACAUGAACAGACAUCGGUAACUAUGAUAGCAGGAAAAUCAAGAUUAGUUCCUGUAAAUAAUAAACUUACUUUACCGAAACUUGAGUUAUGCGGUGCCUUAUUACUCAUAAAGUUAUUGUCAAAAAUAAAAAGUUGCCUUGAGACAUACCAAAUUAAUUACUACUGCUGGGUUGAUUCCAUGGUAGUUUUAGGAUGGAUUAACGGUGUACCUGAGCGCUGGAAACCAUUUGUAGCAAAUAGAGUAAAGCAGAUUAUCGAAGUGGUACCGCCUAACAGCUGGAAUUACGUUAAGUCGGAGGAGAACCCCGCAGACUGUGCUAGCCGUGGUUUAACAGCGUUACAAUUAAGAGAUCAUAAAUUAUGGUGGAACGGGCCGACUUGGUUAAAAACGCAUAAAACUAAAGAUCAAUUUAAUACUAAAAUAAAAAAUUUUACAUCUCAAGAAGCCAAAAGAACUAAAAAGAUCGUAGCAACUGUAAUUCAUAAUCAAAAUGAAAAUAUCAUAACAUCAUUACUUUUUAAAUUUAGCUCGUUAAGCAAGAUUGCGAGAAUAUUAGCCUGGGUCUAUAGAUUUAUUAAUAAUAAACGUGAAAACAAGAAAUACUUAACGUUAAGUGAAAUAAAGCAAGCCAAUAUAAAAAUCAUUCAACAGUGUCAGCAAGAAUAUUUUAUUCAAGAAUUACGUGACAUACAGAAAAGAAAUAAUGUAUCAUCAAAAAGCAAGAUUUGUAUGCUCCACCCUAUACUUGAUGAAGAUAAAAUUUUAAGAGUGGGGGGACGUCUAAAACACGCAAAUAUUAACCUAGAUAUGAAACACCCCAUUAUCAUUCCCAAAAAUAGUCGUUUAUCAGAAUUAAUUAUCAACCAGUGUCAUGAACUCACCUAUCACGGUGGCGCCAAGCUUACUUCCGGGUUUAUUCGACAAAAGUACUGGUUGGUAGGGGGACUCAAAGCCACGAAAAAGCGUACUUUUCAAUGUGUAAGGUGCAGAAAGCACACUCCGAGUCAGCACUAUCAAAUUAUGGGCGAUUUACCUACAGCAAGGAUGAAAGAACAAAAAUCAAAUGUAAAACAAGAUGACGUUAAGCAAGUAUAUCACGUUACCAAAACAAGUAAGAAGAAUACCUAUAGCCUUUCGAAAUUGUUGCUUACAAUUUUAUUUUUUAUAAUGACAUUUAUAUCAAGAUCAGAAGGUUCGUUUAAUAUUACGCCGCUUAGAAAUAAUCAAAGUUUGUACUUCGACAAGAUAACAAAAAUGUCUCUAAUCAAAGACGAGUGGCGCCUAGUCGUCUACUACGACAUGAGUCCCUACUGGGAGGGGUCAUUCACAUUAAGCAAGUACUUAGAUUAUUUACAAAACAUUUGUAAUAGUGAACAAGAGCAUUCACAAUGUGCAGCGAUCAUGUUACAAUUACAUCACGGUUAUGAACAAUUAAAUCAUUAUAAUAAUGUUAUGAUGAAUAAGCAUACUGUGCGCACGCGACGAGGAAUAAUAAACGGAGUAGGUAAUUUAGCAAACUCUUUAUUCGGAAUUUUGGAUAGUAAUUUCGCUGAAAAAUAUGAGCAAGACAUUCAACUCAUCAAGCACAAUCAAGAGCAUCUCGCCGCACUCUGGAAGAACCAGACCUCAAUUGUCGAAGCCGAGUUAAAUGUAUUGAAACGCACUGAGAACGUUAUGAACAAGCAACACAAGCUCAUCAACCAACGAUUAAAUCAAGUAGAACAACAAUUAUACGCGUCAAAAAGGAAAGCUUUACAAAUAACGACUUUAUUCUCUCCGCAAUAA